AUGGAUGGUUUGCACCCUCUGAACAUCAUUACUGACCAGGAUGUAGCUAUGAGGACUGCAAUUGAAAUGGUGUUCCCUGACACCAUUCACCGGAACUGCAGAUGGCAUAUCAUGAAGAAGGUUCAGGAAAAAAUUGGUCCUAUGGCAGCCAAAAGAGAAGACUUGAGAAGAGAUUUCAAUGAUGUUAUUGACUAUAGUGUUACUGAAGAAGAAUUUGAAACUAGAUGGGCUGAGAUGAUCCAAAAACAUGAUGUUGUUGAUAAUGAUCAUUUCAAGGACAUCUAUGAUCUAAGGAAAUGUUUUGUUCCUGCUUAUUUCAUGAAGCGCUUUUUCCCAUUCUUGCAAACAACAUCUCGCAGUGAAGGGUUUAAUGCUGUUUUGAAGCAGUACAUAAGCCCACGCGAAAGCCUACUUAAUUUCUUCAAGCAGUAUAUGAAAUUACAAGAGAAGAUUGAUUCUGCUGAGGAUGGGCAUGAUUUCAUGGGAAUGGACAAAGUUGUCAGGUUGUGGGGAGAUUUUCCAAUGGAGGAUCAAAUUUUGCAGACCUACACUCUACCCAUCUACAACAUUUUCCAGCUGGAGUUGCGGAAGAUACCAUCCUACAAUGCUAGGGACUGUGGUGGUGGUGUGUUUGAGGUUUUCCCAGUGCAAGGUACUGUAUAUGGUUAUGGCAGAAGAACCUAUGUGGUUGACGUUGAUCUUGAAAAUCUCAUGUACAACUGCCAGUGCUGCAAGUUUUACAAGGAUGGAAUUCUUUGUUGCCACAUUAUGAAAGUAAUGUCUUACAUUGGUGAAGUGCGAGAGAUACCUGAGCACUACAUUCUACCUAGGUGGUCCCUACCCCCUCCUGAUAUUGUUCCAUCCGUUGUCGAGCCAUUACAGAGAAAAACAGAGAAAAUGUCUAGAAAAGACAUGAGGUUACUACGGUAUGGAAAUCUUUGCAAUGAUUUUUCAAAACUCGCGGUUGGAUUGGCAGUUUCUGAGAAAACAAAAGAAAUAGCAGACAAGCACAUGAUUGCAAUGAGCAAAGAACUAGCUGCUUUGAAGAAAGCUAAUGCAGAUGCACUGAAGAGGAGGAAAAACAAGUCAGUUGCAACUGAAGAUAUUUCAGAUUCUUCUCCCUUUGAGGGAAGAAUGGAUGAAGAUGUUUCUCAAUCUAGAAACAAGAAAGCAAAAGACCCCCCUAUUACUGCAGCUAAAGAAAGACCAUGCAGUAAAAGGAAGAAAGGUGGACUCCAGCUAAAGAAGCCUAACCCAACUACUUGUAGUGUUUGUGGUGAAAUAGAUCAUGACGCAAGGAAUUGUCCAGUAAGAUUGGCAAAUCCAGAGAAAUUCCCUUUUCAUCAAUUUUUCCAGUGA